AUGACGAUAUUAAUCCUGUUAUUGGAUAAGGAUAUACGAGCUACAAUCUCUUAUUUAUCCGUUUGUAGCCGUCCCGGUUCAUCAUCCAAUCAUCGUGAUCUCAGCACUGGUGAACUUCGUUUAUCAGAUACAAAAUCAUAUAAAUUUACGUCGAAUGAUUUGACUGAUUGUGGAGUAAUUGGAGAAGGAAAUUUUGGUAUUGUGUCUACAAUGAUGCAUGAAAAAAGUGGAACGACAAUGGCUGUUAAACGUAUUCGUUCGACUGUUGAUGAACGGUGUCAAAAACAAAUAAUUAAGGAAUUGGAUUUUGUUAUGCGUGACAAUACCUGUCCACAUAUUGUACAAUUUUAUGGUGCUCUUUUUAAAGAAGGAGACUGUUGGAUAUGUAUGGAACUAAUGAAUACAUCACUGGAUUAUUUUUAUAAAUUUGUUUAUCAUAAACUUGAUCAAUUUAUACCAGAAAGUAUUCUUGCUUAUAUAACAUUUGCGACACUGCAAGCACUUGAUUACAUAAAAUCUCGUUGGGAAAUUAUACAUCGAGAUGUCAAACCAUCGAAUAUUUUAGUUUCAAGAACAACACUGAAACUUUGUGAUUUUGGUAUAAGUGGUCAGUUAAUUGAUUCUAUUGCUAAAACACGUGAUGCUGGUUGCCGUCCAUAUUUACCACCUGAACGUAUUGAUCCAACACGAGCAACACGUGAUGGUUAUGAUGUUCGAUCUGACGUUUGGUCACUUGGAAUAACACUUUAUGAAAUAUCUACUGGAUAUUUUCCAUUUCGAGAAUGGACAUCAGUAUAUGAUCAAUUAGAACAAGUUGUUGAAGGACCUUCAUUAGAACUUAAAAUUGAUCGUCUUUCUGAUAAUUGUAAAAAUUUUGUAAAUACAUGUUUAAAUAAAGAUGAAAAUCAACGACCAAAAUAUAAACAAUUAUUAAAACAUGAAUUUUUACGAAAAGCAAAAGAAAUACAAACAACUGAAAAUGUUUCUGGCUACUUAUCUCAUAUAAUUGAUGGCCUUGAAAAGAAUACAGAUACGUUUAAAUUAUAUUAUUAUUUACCUGGUAAUUCUUAA